AUGGCGACCUUACACGGCCAGCUCAUGAGCACGGAUUACCCGCAGCACCAUGCGCUUCCAGGAGGCAACCUGAGCAGGAACAUCUCCAUGCAGCCUGCAGGUGAGAUCACGGAUUGCCAGAGCGGCUUUGGUGAAGACCAGCAGACCCAUGAUGGACAGCGAGCUCUCCUGACACACCGCAGAAAGAGAACCAACUUCACCCAGCAGCAGAUCGAGGUUCUGGAGAAGGUCUACUCGGACACCAAGUAUCCAGAUAUUUACCUGCGGGAGAGACUGGAGGCGCUGACUGGAUUACCGGAAUCUAGGAUCCAGGUAUGGUUCCAGAACCGACGUGCCAAAUCACGGCGUCAAGUCGGAGCCCCGGUCGCCGUGAAACCCAAAGCAAGCAUUCCGAUCAUCCCAACCAGACCACCGGCUUCCUACCCUGUUCAACAACACGAUCAACUGGGGCAGGAGCUGAGGAGCAACUUCCCUCAUCCAGGCCAGGAGCUGAGAGGGAUCUUAGGUCAAGCAAACCGAGGCUACGACUCACACUCCAUGUCCUGCUUGUUCAGUCAGGCUAGCGAGGACCGGAUCAGAGUGGACCAGGUGAAAAGGGACGACCUGCGAGACAUCAAUCAGUACCACAGGGCAGGGGGACACCUCGAUUCAGACCAAACCAGAGACCUCGUGAAGCACUUGUUCGUGGACUACGACAAUUUCCCUCCGAACAGAACCAUCGGGCCGGACAUGCGCGUGGUCAUCCCCCCGGUCCCGACGCAGGUGAACUUCAUCCCGAACCGCUCCCCGCCCCUGCGGACCACGUGUCCCCUGCAAGUCAGAGCCCCGCACGAUUUCUCUCCGAUCGCCAGCAGCGACGCCGGACAUUUCUCCGAUUCCGACUCCGACUGGGAGAAAGAAGCCUUGGCCGGAUUUAACGCUUUUAUAUAAACAGUGUUUCACUUUAUUCAGAAAGAAAAACGAGCGGUUGUUGAUUUUGAAUCAAUUAUUUAUUUUAUAAAUAGUUGCACUAUGUUACUGUUGGAAAAAAUAAUAAAACAGAGAAUACGGUGUGUGUACAUGGAA